CCGCGCUGCCAGCAUGACUGACACUCUGCUGCCCGCGGCCCCCCAGCCUCUGGAGAAGGAGGACGACGGCUACUUUCGGAAGGGUUGCAAUCCCCUCGCACAGACUGGCCGGAGCAAACUGCAGAACCAGAGGGCUGCCUUGAACCAGCAGAUCCUGAAAGCCGUGCGGAUGAGAACGGGAGCGGAGAACCUUCUGAAAGCAGCCACGAACCAAAAGGUACGGGAGCAGGUGCGCCUGGAACUGAGCUUCUUGAACUCAGACCUGCAAAUGCUGAAGGAAGAGCUGGAGGGGCUCAACAUCUCGGUGGGAGUCUAUCAGAGCACAGAGGAGGCAUUUACGAUUCCCCUGAUUCCGCUUGGCCUGAAGGAAACCAAGGACGUUGACUUUUCAGUCAUUCUCAAGGAUUUUAUCCUGGAACAUUACAGUGAAGAUAGCUACCUCUAUGAAGAUGAAAUAGCAGAUCUUAUGGAUCUGAGACAAGCCUGUCGGACGCCCAGCCGAGAUGAGGCUGGGGUCGAGCUGCUGAUGAGUUACUUCAUCCAGCUGGGGUUUGUUGAGAGCCGAUUCUUCCCACCCACCCGACAAAUGGGGAUCCUGUUUACCUGGUAUGACUCCCUCACGGGGGUUCCGGUUAGCCAACAGAACUUGCUGCUGGAGAAGGCCAGCAUUCUGUUUAACAUUGGAGCCCUGUACACACAGAUCGGGACCCGGUGCAAUCGACAGACAGAAGCUGGGCUGCAGAGCACAGUGGAUGCCUUUCAGAGAGCCGCAGGGGUUUUAAACUACCUGAAAGAGACGUUUACUCACACUCCAAGUUACGACAUGAGUCCCGCCAUGCUCAGUGUGCUGGUCAAAAUGAUGCUGGCGCAAGCCCAAGAAAGCACGUUUGAGAAAAUCUGCCUUUCUGGGAUCCAGAACGAGUUCUUCGUGCUGGUGAAGGUGGCUCAGGAGGCUGCCAAGGUGGGAGAGGUCUAUCGGCAGCUGUACACGGCCAUGAACCAGGAGCCAGUGAAGGAGAACAUCCCAUACUCCUGGGCCAGCUUGGCCUGCGUGAAGGCCCACCACUACGAAGCCCUGGCCCACUACUUCACAGCCACCCUCCUCAUCGACCACCAGUUGAAGCCUGGCUCAGAUGAGGACCACCAGGAGAAGUGCCUGUCCCAGCUCUACGACCACAUGCCAGAGGGGAUGACGCCCUUGGCCACGCUGAAAAACGUUCACCAGCGCCAGCGGCUGGGCAAGUCCCAUCUGUGCCGAGCUGUUACCCAUCACGAGGAGUCCGUGAGGGAGGCCAGCCUGUGCAAGAAGCUCCGGAACAUCGAGGUGCUGCAGGAGGUGCUGUCUGCGGCACACCAGCGGUCCCGGCUCAAGUACACUCAGCUCCGUGACGACUAUGACCUGCUGAGCUUGAUCGACGUUCCCGACAUCAUCUCUAAAACUGAGCGAGAGGUUGAAAUUAUACUGCCACAGUUCUCCAAGGUGACAGUAACGGACUUCUUCCAGAAGCUGCACGUAUUAUCCCAGAUGGUAUCAUUAGUCUCCGAGCAGGGCCGAAUGAAAUCUGGCCCUUUAUCUGUGUUUUCGGCUAAUAAGAGAUGGACGCCUCCUCGAAGCAUUCACUUCACUGCAGAAGAAGGAGACUUGGGGUUCACCCUGAGAGGAAACUCCCCGGUUCAAGUCCACUUCCUGGAUCCGUACUGCUCUGCUGCCGUGGCAGGAGCCAAGGAAGGGGAUUAUAUUGUUUCCAUUCAAGACGUGGAUUGUAAGUGGCUGACUGUGAGUGAGGUUAUGAAGCUGCUGAAGAGCUUUGGCCAGAACGACAUUGAGAUGAAGGUCGUGAGCCUCCUGGAUGCCACAUCGUCCAUGCAUAGUAAAUGUGCCACAUACUCUGUGGGAAUGCAGAAAACUUACUCCAUGAUCUGCUUAGCCACAGAUGAUGAUGAUAAAACUGAUAAAACCAAGAAAAUCUCGAAAAAGCUGUCCUUUUUGAGUUGGAACACCAACAAGAACAGACAGAAGUCGGCGAGCACCUUGUGCCUCCCAUCGGUUGGGGUCAGGGUUGCGGGGCCUCCGGUCAAGAAGAAGCUCCCCUCUCCGUUCAGCCUUCUCACCUCCGACAGUUCUUUGUACUAACGUGAGGAAACAAAAGCGUUUCCCGUGCUGACUGGGCCUUCAUAUUUGUGCCAUAGCGGAAAAUUUCUAAAUAUUCUCAAAUCCCAUUUUCUCACAGCGUAAACCUACAAUUGAUAUGUUUUUAUGAAUGACAGUAACAAGAAACCUCUAGAAAUUUGUGGAAAACAAACUUAUUAGGGGAGUCUCACCAUAUUGCUGCAAGUUAUUUAUUAUAUAAAGUAUUGUAAAUAGAAUAAUGUGGACAUAUGGCUGUUUUUAACGACUAUAAUUAAGACUCUUAGCUACUUACUAUCAGAGUUAAAUUAGGAUUUCCUAUACUGGUCCUAUUUGUAAGUUUCCAGACUUGGGUGAUAGAUGGAUAAUUCCUUAACUCAGAAUUCAGAUGACCCCAAAUUAAGGCAGGGCAAGGGACAAUAAUGAUAGACUUAAAUUAGUGUUACUAAAAACUGUCCCAAAGAGCUCCUUCCUAAGGGGAAUUCAUUAACCUAAAACAACAAGAUUUUACUAUUAUUUCUAAAUAAUAUGAAUGCUGUUUCCAGAUAAAGUCUAGUGCCAAAUUUGUCAUGACUUAUUAGAUAAACAACCAUUUAGGAGCAACUUUUCUUCUAUUUUAUGUCAUUUAAAAGUCGCUAACACAGUGGCAGUGUUAGAUGAAGAUGCUGUCUACAAGGUAGAUAAUAUACUGUUUGAUACUCAAAACAUUUUUCAUUUUGUUUAAAGUAGAAAGUACAUAGUUGUAUAUUUUAAGAGUCUUUAGGAAGGGUUAAAAACAUUGUAUAAGGUCAGGAUGUAAAUGAUUCAAGUUUAGAGCUCUAUUUGACUUUUUAAAAUGACAUUCUUACCAACUGAUUUCUCUUGCUAUAUGUUGGAUGACACUGUGACUCUAAUAAGAUUCACUGUUGGCAUAGUACAAGUUAUAUAGCUUUUAAAAAUACACCAUUGACGUGUAAUUUUGAGAAUUAACAAACUUAAAUAUUUUCUAGUGUGUAAUAUCAAAAGGGAAACAACCAUAUUUGGGAAAGUGUAUCCAUUGCUCUUAGGGCUAUUUUUGUAUAAAUAUUUACAUAAAUGCAUUCAUUUGCCUGA